AUGCGUCGACACCAGGAUUAUCUUCCCUGGUCAGUGCUGCUGGCCUCGCUGGGAGCUGUUCAGGCUAAGCUGGAUUUGAACUCUGAUAGCAACAUUGCUAUUUACUGGGGACAAAACUCUUUGCAAGGAAAGGGUGGACAAGUGCAACAACCUUUAGGAGAGUACUGCAAAAAUUCUAACAUCGAUGUUAUUCCUAUCGCAUUCGAUAUGAUGAUCAAUGGACCUGGUGGAGUCCCAGAGGUUGACUUCUCUGUGACAAGCCAGGAUUGUGAUGUCUUCCCGGGGACACAGUUGAAGAACUGUCCCAAGAUUGGCCAGGAUAUCCAAACCUGCCAGGACGAAGGCACAACCAUUCUCUUGUCUAUCGGUGGCGCAACAUACAGCGAGGGUGGCUUCAAAUCAGAAGACGAUGCCAAAGCAGGUGCACAACUCAUCUGGGAGACUUUUGGUCCCCAGCAAGAGGGUUCCAAGGCCUUGAGGCCAUUUGGUAAUGUGAGCUUGGAUGGCUUCGACUUCGAUUUUGAAGCCAGUGUCUCACACAUGGCACCUUUUGCCAAUGAGCUUCGGUCCUUGAUGGAUCAGGAUAACAGCAAGCAGUACUUCCUUACUGCAGCCCCUCAGUGCCCUUACCCCGAUGCGGCAGACAAGGACAUCCUGAACGGCCCCGUCUCGGUUGAUGCUGUCUGGGUUCAGUUUUAUAACAACUACUGCGGCGUGAACAACUUCGACACCAACGAGCAGAACUCCAAGUUCAACUUCGAGGAAUGGGACAACUGGGCCAAGACAGUAUCCCAGAACAAGGAUGUCAAGGUCCUUGUCGGAGUCCCAGCCGAUACAACUGCCGCUAGCACCGGCUACGUCCCAGCCGACAAGCUGACCGAAGUGAUUGAGUACUCGAAGAAGUUUUCGAGUUUCGGCGGUGUCAUGAUGUGGGAUGUAACUCAGGCGUAUGCCAACAAUGGUUUUAUUGACAGCGUGCGCAAGGCGCUUGGUGGUCCGAAUUCCGGUUCGUCGUCGUCGUCCAACUCGGCGUCGGCCUCGGCGUCUGCACCUUCGUCCACUAACUCACCGAAUACCUCGCAAUCUUCCAAUGUACCCGUAUCCUCGUCCUCAUCUUCCUCCUCCUCAUCAUCUGGAUCCUCACCCAGUGGUCAUAAACACUCCGAGACCACCACUGCCCCCGAUACUCCUCCCACUAAACCAGCCAAGCCGACAAAGCCUACGACUACCGAGACCGCUACGGAGCCAGAGCAUACUAAGCCCACCAAGCCUACCAAGCCUACGGAGAAGCCGACUACCACCACACCAGCUACCACCACCAAGGCCAAGCCUGCUCUGGAAUCCACUUCCAAGUCCCCUUCGAACGAUGACAACGACUCGGACGAUGUCGACAACUCGCCAACCGAUCAGGCACCCCCCAAGGACCAAGAUGCGAUUGGUGUUGACAACACCAAGAAUGGUCCUGCGAACAACGGUAUUAUUCACAAUCUUCUUGGAUCCGACCUCUUUGGUCUUCUGAAUGGCCUUAAACAGGCUGACGGUGCUGUUAAUGGUGUCGCUCAUGGCCUUACCAACAAUCUUCGCCGCGUCAAGCGUAUUGGAAAUAAUUAA